AUGGCCUCCAAGCGUGGCAUCUUUCCUCUCUAUGCAAACAUCCAUCAUGGAAUAAUAUCCCGCCAAUACGGACUCCGCAGAUGUCCUCAGCCUAUUGCAUCCUUCUCAAGCCAUUUUGCGGUCGCAAACAAACAGAGCGGGCCUCACAAAGGCCAGUCGCAAGGCAAUCAUCCGCAGAAUACAGAAAUCCCAUCCUUCAGUUUCGACUCUCUCGGUCCGGCCAAGACUACAAAGACCGUUGUCCUCGUCAUUCUCGGUGUCUUUGGUACCAUUGAAAGCUGGUUCUGGGCCCAAGCAAUCUGGCGCUGGUGGAAGGGCGACGAUGAAGAUGCAAAGUAA